GUUAUGCAAUAGCGUUCACCUAAUCGAUUAUUUGGGAUGUGUAGUCAUGCGCUUCAACUUUGCCAGCGUUAAAGCAAAUGAGAAAACUACAUCUCCCGGCAGGCUUAGCGGCACAUUGCUUCACUAGUUACACAUUGAAUGUAGUUCGCUGUACUUGGAAAUCCGUUCAUGAUCCAGUUCAUUAAUAAAUAAAUAGUUGAGUGUCAUGGCGGAAUCCGCAGCGUGUCCUGCAUUCCAGCUCGGGAGACCCCGAUACGACCAGGGUUCGUUCUUUGGUCGACUGAGACACUUUGUAGACAUCAUUGACCCGAGCACUCUGUUUGUCUCAGAGAAACGGCUAAACGAAUGCAUCAAACUCCUCGAUGACUACAAACAUGGCUCACUCCCACCUGGAGUGUCUGACGUUCAGCUGUGGGAAGCACAGAAGAUCAAACAGGCCAUCAUUCAUCCUGACACAGGAGAGAAGAUCUUCAUGCCAUUUCGAAUGUCAGGUUAUGUACCAUUUGGAACACCAAUUGUCAUUGGCCUUCUUCUCCCAAAUCAGACUGUGGUGUCUACCAUUAUAUGGCAGUGGUUGAACCAGAGUCACAAUGCCUGUGUGAACUAUGCGAAUCGUAAUGCGACAAAGCCUACACCAACAUCCAAGUUUAUUCAAGGCUACGCAGGAGCUGUGACGAGUGCUGUAUCUAUUGCAGUGGGACUGAAUGUGCUGAUUCAGAAGGCCAAUAAAUUGAGUCCUGCCACCAGAAUGAUAAUACAGAGACUUGUCCCCUUUCCAGCUGUAGCUAGUGCAAACAUCUGUAACGUGGGCCUGAUGAGACACAAUGAGCUGUCCGAGGGCAUCGAUGUGCUUGACAACAACGGGAACAUUGUGGGAUCCUCCAGAAUUGCUGCGAGACAUGCAAUCAUGGAAACUGCCUUUACACGUGUGGUCCUCCCAAUGCCAAUCUUUGUCCUGCCCCCCAUCAUUAUGUCCUACCUCGAGAGGCUGCGAUUUCUGCAGAGCAACCGCAGGCUGUUGCUGCCCAUCCACAGCGUUGUGUGCCUGGUUACCUUUGGCCUCUCCUUACCCGUGGCCAUCAGUCUGUUCCCCCAGAUGUCUCAGAUCGAGGUGUCUUGCCUUGAGCCGGAGAUUGCCAUGGCAACAGAUUGCAAGGUGGUGACCUACAACAAAGGUUUAUGAUGGAUGGUGGUGGAGUGGGAGAGGAGAGCAAAGGGAGCCAGGAGGAAAAGGAGGCUGCAGUGUGAAUAGCUGUCAGGGAGUCUCAGCUGUAGGGUUCCUCCUGUCGACAGGUUUGGGAACUAUGUGCUGCAUUUUUAUCACAGGAAAGACUGCUUUUUAAACUGGUUUCUGCAUUUAUCAAGAUCCCAGCAGUUAUUAAAUCAUAGUUUUCUGAGAGGUUUUUUAUUCUGUCGUCUCCUUUUUAAGAGCUCUUUGUAUAGAAAUGCUGAUUUAUUCUCUGCAAAGUCAGAUUUAGCAUCAGUUCAUUAUUUAAUGCUGUAUAAAUAAGUGUUCCCUACAGAUAUGCUAUUCUUUGUUGGUCCGACCGAGUACAGUUCUUCUCACUGCGUCAUCCCUAACUUUGUCCGUCUGUGACUGGGGGACUGUGUAUGCCGUGCAGAGCCAGUUUGUUUGAGCUUUUUGGUUUGAAACUGCUGCAAAUGAACCAAAACAGUAAAAAUAUUCCUUCACUCUGUUUUGAAUCUUGGGACAAACAUUUGUAAAAUAUAUUGAAAGCAAAUGCAGUAUUGAUUAUAUGAGAGGAAAUCAGCCCAAGGAGAGAUGAACGUGUAUAAGCUUAUGAAUCCAAAAAUCGUUGGACAAACAGCGACGUGUAUGUCCAGAGACUGUUCUGUGCACUGCUAUUAAGCUGUAGCCACUUAAUAGCAGUACAAAGACCAGUGUGCACAAUUUCCACAGCCAUUAAUAAAGAAGAGCACACAGGUACCUAACUUCUUUAGUGGUGCAUGCAUGCAUAAAGAGCAGCACCAUAAUCCAAUAAAGUUAAAAAAGUUAAAGAAAUGUUGCAGAUGAAAGGUUUUCCCUGCCUGAAAGGAGGAAUUAGAUUUAUUUCUAAAAAAGGAACCUUAAUUUAAAUUAAGUGAUGUUUAUUCACAGUCCUGAGUUGCUUGCGCUGUGAUCAGAUUUUAGUUAGAUUUUUAAGAGAUUUGCUGCAGCAACCUCCUAAUUACAGCCCUCAUAUGGGAAACACAGUUCUCACAGUGCCCAUGCUGAGCCACAUAUAUUUAAAACAUUUUUAUUGUUUACUGACAGUAAGGAAUAUGGCCAUGCAGAAUAAGUCUUUUAUAUUGGAUAAGACAAAACCCGAUACCAAUAUAUUAGGAUCAUUAUGAGCCUCUUAAUAUAAAAUGUAUUUAUUUUUCCUUGUACUGGCUCCUAUCCAUCUGAUGACUCUGUGGAGGUAGAGGCAAAUAUAAAAUUAUAUAUAUAUAAAAUAUAAAACUACAAGUAGUAAGUAUUUUUCAUCAGGUUCAUUAAAGACAUAAAUCUACUGUAUUGUGGCUGUGACAUGUAGUGAGUGAGAUGAAAACAUCUUCUGAACUGCAGCUGAUAAUAAUCUGAUUAUGGAGAUGGAAAGGAGUCAGCUGCAUGCAAACUAAGUUGUUGAGUGAGACUCACUCGGACGAGGGAAACUUUCACUAUGAAACAAUGUAAAAACGUGAAGCUCCUGUUAAGUAGCUGCACUCUCGAUGUCUUAUUGUUUAUACAAGUUUUAAACUGGCAGUUGAUACAUGCCAGUGAUUUUAACCCACACAAUGUGAAAGAACUGCUAAAACAUGGCAUUACAUUUUCUUGUAUGAAGGUCAUUUUGCUCCAUUACUGACUGUUGUCAAGUUACUGUUUUAUUAUUAAAGAAUUGCUUCUUUUGUACACAAUUUGAAAUAGAACCAUAACAUAUACUACACAACUGACUGUUUUUAAUUCUUUGUGUAAAACUUCCACUGAUACUAUUGCAAAUGUUUGCCAGUCAAACAAUGUAAACCUGAUAUUAUUUUACUAUAUAGCCUGUA